AUGACGUGUUGCGCUCUGAGUUGGGUGUCUCAGAAGUUGAGACAUUAUAUGGCUUCUUACAUGACUCAUUUGAUCUCAAGAAUGGAUCCAGUAAGGUACAUUUUUUGCCAACAUAUGCCUAUAGGGAAGUUGGCCAAAUGGCAAAUGUUGUUAACUGAGUUCGACAUUCAAUACGUCAUGCAGAAAGCAGUUAAAGGGCAAGCACUGGUAGAUUUACUGGCGAGAAGUCCAGUAGAUGACAAUCCCGUACCUUUGUGGACUUACUUCUUAGAUGAUGAAAUAUUGACAAUUGAAGGCGAGGAAAGUGAAGACGAGUCAGGAUGGAAAAUAUACUUUAAUGGAGUAGUCAACUUUAAAGGAUCAGGAAUCAGAGCCGUCUUGGUUUCAGACUCGGGCCAAUAUUAUGCAGUGGCGGCUAAGUUGAGCUUCAAUUGCACCAACAAUAUGGCUGAGUACGAAGCGUGUAUCUUGGGUCUAUGUUUAUCCCUCGACAUGGAUGUGAAAGAUCUUCAGGUAAUCAGCGACUCAGAUUUGCUAAUUUAUCAUGUUCAAGGAGAGUGGGCCACCAAAAAUGAAAAGAUCAUACCAUAUGUUGGACUUGUACAAAGAUUGGCAGAUCGGUUCCAAGAGAGAUCAACAGCCCGCUGUGCUUUUGUAGAGGCUGAGACUGAUGAAAAACCUUGGUACGUCGACAUUAAAAUGUUCUUGGAGAAAGGAGAAUAUCUCGAAAGAAUCACUUUAAAUCAGAAGAGGACUAUCAGGAAGUUGGCAAAUGGUUUCUUUCUCAACAAAAAUGUCCUGUACAAAAGAACUCUAAAUUUGGAAUUGCUUAGAUGUAUUGACUCUGUCGAAGCUACAAAAUUUAUUGAAGAAGUGCAUACUAGAACCUGCGGACCUCACAUGAACGGGUUCGUACUAGUGAAGAAAAUCUUAAGAACAGGGUACUACUGGAUGACAAUGGAGAAUGAUUGUAGCAAGUUUGUCAAGAAAUGCCACAAAUGUCAAAUUCACAGAGAUUUGAUAAAGGUUCCUCCAACAGAACUGAAUGUUAUGAUGUCACCUUGGCCAUUUGACGCUUAG